AUGGAAAAAUUAACCGAAGAAAACUCUCUUGAAGCCAAAGACUUGGAAAAUGAUUCCAUUGGCCAAGAAUGCAAGGAAUUGAUAUCAACCUUGCCAUUAGAAAAAUCUUGGAUUUUUAACCAAUGCCAUCAAUAUCAAGGAUUUUGGAUUGUCACAAAAAAUCUCCAAGGUCUUUUAUCUUGUCAGAAGCAUUUUCAAACCCUUGAUACAGAUAUCCUCUUAGCUACUGCUCCCAAAUCAGGUACCACUUGGCUCAAAGCAUUAACUUUUGCAUUGCUAAACCGUCACAAAUAUCAUAGCAAAAACCAUCCUUUGCUCACUUCCAACCCUCAUUCUCUUGUUCCUUACUUGGAGCAUCUUUACCUUGACAAAGAUGUUGUCCCUAACCUCAACUCAUUAUCCCCUCCAAGACUCUUCUCUACACAUGUUCCAUAUGAAUCAGUGCCAAAAUCUAUGAAAGAGUCAACUUGCAAGGUUGUGUAUUUGAGUAGAGAUCCUAAAGACAUGUUUGUUUCACUUUGGCAUUUCACAAACAAGAUAAGAGCACAACAGAGUAGAGGAACAGUUCCAUUAGAAGAGGUGUUUGAGAGUUUUUGUAAAGGAGUGUCCCCAUUUGGACCCUUUUGGGAGCAUGUAUUGGGAUACUGGAAAGAAAGCUUGGAAAGGCCAGAAAAAGUUAUGUUUAUAAAAUUUGAAGAAAUAAAAAUUAAACCUACUUUUUAUUUGAAAAUGAUAGCUGAAUUUUUGGGCUUUCCAUUCUCCAAUGAUGAAGAAUCUAAAGGUGUGGUUGAUGAUAUAUUAAAUUUGUGUAGUUUUGAGAUGCUGAGCAACUUGGAGGUCAAUAAAACUGGUACUAGUGUACCUAUUACCGGUAUUGAAAAUAAAGCUUUUUUUCGUCGUGGUGAAGUUGGAGAUUGGAAAAAUCAUCUCACACCAGAAAUGAGUGAGCGGUUAAACACUAUCAUCAAACAGAAAUUGGGUAAAUAUGGGUUGAGUUUUUAG